AUUUUUCCGGUGAAGAAAGGUCGGGGAUGGGGGACGUGUUUUGUUGUAAUAUCAUAACAGCAGCAGUGGCGGUGUUUAAUCAUCAAGAGCUCUGUUUUUAAUGCAAGCGUGGGUAUAAACGCAGGACCUUUGCCAUUACUCUUCUCUUUCUCACUCUCUCUCUUUCGAGAAACCCGUCUCCUUGAAUUUCUAUUUGUAAUGCCUUGUUAAGUCCUUCUCUGUCUAGAAUCUUUCUUUGCUCCUUUUCUCUCUCUCUAGGGUGUGACAGGGUCCGAGCAGGGUUUCUGAGCUGAAAAGGCAGGAAGGGUUGAACAAAACAAAGCAAAAGCCCAAAUUCAAUAAAAGUUGGGAGUGUAAAAGCUUGAAUAGAGGGCAGGGUCCUAAAAAUAGCACGGAAUCUGAAAUGGGUAUCUUUCGCUUGCCACUUUUAACUGGCCUCUCUCUGCUCCAGUGCUGGGUUUCUGGUCUGCCUAGUGACUAGGGUUUCAAUAGGAGAGAUGGAUAUGGGUGGCAAAGAUAAGUUUGAGUUAGAAAAUAGGAAUGAGGAUCCUAUGAACUAUGCACCUCGCGCGUCUGACUUUGGAUUUGGUGUUGCCAAUCUGGCAAAUACCUCCAUCGGAAUGAUGCCCACGGAAAAUCCGAUGGCUGUUAGCAAAGGAGACCUUAUUGGAUCUUCUUCUUGUUCAUCUACUUCAUUGGUGCAGUCGUUUGGCCCAACCCUUUGGGAACACCGCACCAAUUCAGAAAACCUGGGAUUCGGUGAAGUUAGUGUCCAGAAAAUCCAAAGCACUUCAGACGCGUUUGGGAUUAGAAAAGGUGAUUCUGUCUCCUUUAGAACUUUUGAUAAAACAUUUGAUAUGAGUUGGAAUCCUACGAGUUCAACAUUGAAAGGGGAUAUUUUUUCGCCAAAUGCUCCUGUAAUGCUUCAUCAAAGAUUGCCUCCGUUCCCAGCAGAUUCUGCGUUCAUUGAGCGUGCUGCUAGGUUCUCAUGCUUCAAUGGGGGGAAUUUUAAUGAUAUGGUGAACCCUUUUACGAUUCCUGAAUCUAUGAGUCUUUAUUCCGGGGGUGGGGGAAUGAUACAGGGGACGCAAGAGGCUUUUGCAGGCAAUAGUUUGAAACCAGUGUCUGGUGCGCAUUCUCAGGAGAAUGAGCUGGGUGUUGGCGAAGCUUCCAAGGAUGUUUCUUUGCCUGUUGAGCAUGGGGCUACUGAAGGGAGCCCACUAAAGAAUGAGAGGAAUAGUCACAGCCUUAUGGGAUCUCGUGAUGAAGCUAAGCAAGGCAUUGGUGGGUCUGGUAACGAUUCUGAUGAAGCUGAGUUUAGCGGUGCGGGUGAUCAAGAUGAGCCAUCUCUGUUGGAAGAUGCAAGUUGGGAACCUUGUGGACUUGACUCAAAGAAAAGGAAAAGGAAUGGACAGGGUACUAAAAUUGAUAUAGCCAAGGGAGCUCCACAAAAGUCUGGUGAAUCUGCGAAGGAUAAUACUGAAAUUCAACAGAAGGGAAACCGAAACCAAGCUUCAACUACUAACAGGAACUCUGGGAAACAAGGUAAACAGGGUUCUCAAACUUCAGAUCCACCAAAAGAAGAGUAUAUUCAUGUCAGAGCUCGGAGGGGGCAGGCAACUAACAGCCAUAGUCUUGCAGAAAGAGUAAGAAGAGAAAAGAUUAGUGAGAGGAUGAAAUUUCUUCAUGAUCUUGUACCUGGUUGCAGCAAGGUCACUGGUAAAGCGGUGAUGCUGGACGAAAUCAUUAACUAUGUACAGUCACUGCAACGACAGGUUGAGUUUUUGUCUAUGAAACUUGCUACAGUCAAUCCACGGCUAGAUCUUAAUGUUGAAGGGCUCCUCGCAAAAGAUACCCUUCCAUCACGAGUGGCUACUUCAUCUACGAUGGGAUUUUCACCUAAUAUACCUAUGGUUUAUCCUCUGUUACGUCCAUCUCAACGAGGACUCAAUCAAGCUGGUCUUCCUGGCAUGGGAAGCUCAUCUGAUUUACUUCAAAGAACCAUUAAUUCCCAUUUGACAACCGUAAUUGGAGGAUUCAAGGAUCCUACACAGCUAUCAAAUGUCUGGGACGAUGAGCUUCAUAAUGUUAUCCAGAUGAGCUACGGAAUCUGUGCUCCCCCCAAUAGCCAAGAGGCAGAUGGGUCUCUGCCUCCUGGCAAAAUGAAAGUUGAACUUUAACUACUUUUUAUUUUAUUUUUUGAUUUUAUGCUAUUGUACUAUUAUGGGCCAGUAUUUGCUUGGGCAGCUUAUUAGUAUCUCAAGGAAAUAACAAAGCUUAAGAGGUUUCCACUUCCAUUGAUGAAGAUCUAACAUCAUCAUUUGGUUCAAGUUCUUUGUGUUGAGUGAGAGAUGCUAACCUCGGGUAGAGCUUGAAGGAUCGGUCACAUGACCCUAAGAAGGGGAUUUUCUCCAACUUUGCGGAUUCUUGGAGAAAUAAUGCUGCAACGACAGCCACUGUUGUUUCUUUUGUUGAGAUGAUAAACACUAAUAUCAAGAAAUGAUAAUUCUGCAUUCAGAAGAAUAGGUUUGCUUCCCAAAUAUGAGGAUGUUUGUGAAUCGGGGAUGUACACAUCAUGGUUCUGAAAAUGUCAGGAGGCAGGUCAAGAGGGAAGCUCGGAUGCUCAUGUUUCAGCUUUUCUAUUUUUUCUGCUUAUGAAAUCGAAGGAGGAGGUGGGGUGGACUGCAUUAUCAGAAGGUUGUGAGGGAAAUCAUGAUGAUGUUUUCUCCAGUUCAGUUAGAAGCUGUUUGUUUGUUUGUUUUUUAAUCGUAUGCUAACAAAUGUAAUGUUAUACCCCCGUUUUCCUUAGAAUCCCAUUCUUUCAGACCCCGGGGUGGUAUUGGAGUAAAUGCAUACGAUUACUGAUGAUUCUUACGGGAGUAAUUUUGAAGCGGUCUUGGCUGGUUCCUCAUUGUUACAACUUACAAGGAUUUGAUGUUGGCUUGUGCUUGGUUGUAGCCGCCGCCCUUUGGUUCAGUCGUUUGGCAUAGCCUACCAAGCCCCUGCCCCGCUCCCUUUUGGAUUAGGUUUUACCAUGUGCUACUCUUAAUUGUUGAGGCAAUAAACAUAGUAAUACAUUUCACAUUAAUCGUUAAAAAAUGGUGUAUAUGAUUUUCUUUCA